UCAGCUUCUAUUUCUAAACUCUCGAUACUUGUUCAUAUGUGACGGUAUCAAACGGCGCCUUUCAUAUCUGAUGGAAGAAACUCCGCUGUUACGAUUUGUACUGUACACGUGGGGAGCCAACAGUUACGGGCAGCUCGGACAUGGACACGCGGAGGAUGAAGCCGAGCCGCGGCGUGCAGACGGCGGACUGCAGCCAGAGCAGAUCCGCGGUCUGACUGGUGGAGGUGGACAUUCUGCUGUCAUUACUGAGUCAGGUGACCUGCUGAUGUGUGGACAAAAUCACAAAGGUCAGUUAGGGCUCAGGCACAUCUCAGAGGUCAUGACCUUUCAGCCCUGUCCUUUACCUGGGUGCAGGAGAGUGCAGGCGGUGUCCUGUGGCUGGGACUUCACUCUCAUCCUUACAGAUGAUGGGCAGGUCUUGGCAUGCGGGUCCAAUGCAUUUGGACAGCUGGGCAUCUCACCGCAUAUAACACAUACAGCAGAACCUUUAUGUGUGAAGGCCCUGAGCGAGUGUGUAACCAGUGUGGCUGCGGGUCUCAGACACGCAUUAGCCAGAACAGCAUCAGCGUGUGUGUAUCAGUGGGGAACCGGCCUGUCUAGUCACGCCAAAAGAGCAUUAAAUCCCCAACCUGUUCCUGCACACCUAACCUCUAAGGAGCCCUGCCUCGUCCCAGGGCUAGAUCAUGUGACCCCCGAGAAGGUCGUUGCAGGCUCCGCCCACUGCAUCUGUUUGACAGUCACGGGUGAUGUGUUUCUAUGGGGCAGCAAUAAACAUGGUCAGCUGGUCAGCGAUAGCCCCUUCCUGCCACUUCCUGUGGCUCUAGAUCGAUCUGUCCUGCAGAGAGAGAGGGUGACCGACAUUCACAGUGGCUGGACACACGUCAUUGCGCAAACAGAGAGUGGGCGGGUCUUUACGUGGGGCAGAGCCAGUUAUGGGCAACUGGGGCAGACCGUGGCCAAUCAGAGGCUAGAACCAGAAUCAGAAAGAAGCUCAAACAGCCAUGCUGAAGUUAAGGGAUUAUUUGGAGCAACACAGAUUGCCUGUGGAUCUGAACACAACCUGGCCAUUGUGGGAGGUCGAAUCCUCUCCUGGGGCUGGAACGAACACGGAAUGUGUGGCGACGGAUCCCUCUGUGACAUCACACAACCACAACCAAUCCCCAGCCUACAAGACUCUACGACUCUUCUGAUUGGCUGCGGCGCAGGACACUCAAUGGCACUUUGCAGUUUAAAGAGCAGCAAGGAUUCUGCAAGCUGAACAGGUUUCAGUUUUUGACGGCGAAGACUCUUUGGUCGGUUUGUGGUUUUAACAAUGUCUUCAUUUGAAGAUUGUAGAUCAAAGAUGCAAAUACUACCAACAGAUGCAAUACACGACUUCAGAAAGAUUGAACAGAUCUAUCACAGUACCCCAAAAUAAACAGAGAGGUGUGUUUAGAAAGCAUAUUUGCAGCCCUCAUUCAAAUAUUUUAUAACCACGCCUCAUCUGGUUUCUGAAUCUUGUUUUUUUUUAGAGCAUGCUAGUUGAUCUCGCAAGUCAAUACAACAGUUUUAACAUUCAACAAAAAAGUAUCCAUGUGUAUCUCGGUUAAUGCACAUUGUUCUGGUGCAUUCACUGCUCGGAGAGAUUAGAAUUCAAUGAGGAGAGACAAAUUCAAUCAGACUCAUUCUCUCUGGCUAAGUUUUAAGUGAUUGUCCGAGGUCCGGUGCUCAGGUUACUAGCCGUACCAUACUUGGAUAGCUGUUCAAACUUCCUUCAGUGUGAUUGACUGUCUGGGCGAUGCUCGAUCGUUUUUCCUGUGACCUCUCCGUGAUAGGAAAUACACUUAAAUAACCUUGAGAUUUACUGAAAGUACUUCAUCUCCCAGAAUGCCCUGUCAUGAUCAGAAACAUCUACCACAGAUUCAUAUAAAAGGUUACAUUUUUACUCAUGAAUAUCAAAGAUUGAGUUAUAGAAGAUAUAUUGUGUAUACUAGGGUCCUAGGGGAGACAUAUAGUAAAGUCCAAGAUUUAGAAAUGAUUUUCAAUUUUUUUUUAAAUAUUUAAUCCCAAUUAUUUUUGGGGAUUUUAUUUUAAAGAUUUAUUUCCAUUUUUAAAUUGGUUUUACAUUCCUGAUUUUCAGUGUGGUCCCACUAUAUACAUCGAUUUUAAAAACUGUUUGCAUCUAUAUGUGCAUACUUCAUAUUAUUAUUCAUUUUGCCGUAACAAGCAUCAGCAGUGCGUUAAAACAAAUAAAACACAAA